AAGAUGGCGGCGUUUUCGGAAAUGGGUGUUAUGCCUGAGAUAGCCCAAGCAGUGGAGGAGAUGGACUGGCUUCUUCCUACGGAUAUCCAAGCAGAAUCGAUCCCCCUGAUCCUAGGAGGUGGCGAUGUACUUAUGGCUGCUGAAACCGGGAGUGGAAAAACUGGUGCUUUUAGCAUUCCAGUUAUCCAGAUUGUUUAUGAAACGCUGAAGGACCAGAUGGAAGGCAAGAAAGGGAAAGCAACUAUUAAAACCGGUGGGGCAGUGCUUAAUAAAUGGCAAAUGAACCCAUAUGAUAGAGGAUCAGCUUUUGCAAUUGGAUCGGACGGUUUGUGCUGCCAAAGCAGAGAGGUAAAAGAAUGGCACGGAUGCAGAGCAACUAGAGGCGUGACUAAAGGGAAAUACUACUAUGAAGUUUCCUGUCAUGACCAGGGCUUGUGCAGAGUUGGUUGGUCAACUAUGCAGGCUUCGCUAGAUUUGGGUACUGAUAAAUUUGGCUUUGGCUUUGGUGGCACUGGUAAGAAAUCUCACAACAAGCAAUUUGACAGCUAUGGUGAGGAAUUCACUAUGCAUGAUACAAUUGGGUGUUAUCUAGACAUAGAUAAAGGACAAAUAAAAUUUUCCAAAAAUGGGAAGGACCUUGGCCUUGCAUUUGAAAUCCCACCACACAUAAGGAACCAAGCACUUUUUGCAGCUUGUGUACUGAAGAAUGCUGAAUUGAAAUUUAAUUUUGGUGAAGAAGAUUUCAAGUUUCCACCAAAAGAUGGCUAUAUUGGCCUCUGCAAGGCUCCUGAUGGCAGUGUUGUAAAAUCACAACACUCAGGAAAUGCACAAGUGGUUCAAACACAGAACCUUCCGAAUGCUCCAAAAGCAUUGAUAGUAGAACCAUCAAGAGAGUUGGCAGAACAAACUUUGAACAAUGUGAAGCAGUUCAAAAAAUACGUUGAUAAUCCCAAAUUAAG